AUGAACUUGAAAACCCUCUCUCUGUUUGCCUUCUCUUUGGUUGCUCGCUACUUCACGGUGGCAAAUGCUGCUACUAUUAACAUCCGAAGCAACUGCCCCUUCACGGUCUGGGCAGCAGCCGUGCCCGGUGGUGGCAUGCAGCUGGACAGCGGUGGAGUCUGGGACAUAACCGCGAACCCCGGCACCACAGGAACUCGUGUCUGGGCUCGAACCAAUUGCCAAUUUGAUGGAGCCGGGCGUGGCAGCUGCCAAACAGGAGACUGUGGGGGGCUCCUCGAGUGCCAAGCCUAUGGUGCGCCCCCCAACACCCUGGCUGAAUACGCACUAAACCAGUUCAAUAACUUGGAUUUCUUCGAUAUUUCUUUAGUUGAUGGAUUUAAUGUUCCUAUGGACUUUAGUCCAACUUCUGGGGGGUGCACCAGGGGUAUUACAUGCAAGGCAGAUAUCAUAGGGCAGUGCCCUGAUCCAUUGAAAGCCCCGGGUGUAGGGGCGGAGCUAGUCAAUUUUCAUUGGGAGGCCAAAGGUUAA